AUGCGGCUCCUACAUGUUAUCGAGACGUUGCCCAAUCCUGAAGGAAUUUGCGCUCUUUCCCCCUCCGCAGACGCUCCAUAUCUUGCAUACCCGGCUCCAUUACCAUCUCCAGCCCUUUCAGCAGCUUCAGCAGCGGAUUCGUCCAGUUCGGCAACGAAUUCUAGUGUUGCUGGUGGGGGGGAUGUAAUGCUCUUCAGCACAAGAGCUCUGGCACCAGUCAACGCAGUCAGAGCCCACCGCAGCCCGCUGGCGAUGACCAGCCUCAGUGGAGACGGAAGUUUGCUUGCAACAGUCAGUGUAAAAGGCACCGUUAUUCGUGUUUUCGCGACGCCUUCAAUGGACAAGCUGUAUCAAUUCAGACGUGGGGCCCGGGAAACACGUAUCUACUCCCUUGCUUUCAAUCCAGCGGGCACGCUGCUUGCGGCGGGUAGCGAACGCGGUACAGUUCACCUGUGGAGAAUCGGUGGUGGGAAUGGGAAGGCUGGGUCGAGCAGGGCGAGCGUGAGGGACGAUUCCUCGGUGACUGGGUCGGCAGAGGGCGACGUCCAACCACAGCCGGAUUACGAUGCCAAUGCGAACGGGAAUGGCGAGGCGAGCAAAAAGGGCAUGAGCACCGUUCUUCGCCGACGAUCACUCAAUCUCACCAACUCGCUCACCAAGGCGGCUGCCUCAUACCUCCCUUCGAGUAUCGCGGAAAUGUGGGAACCAACGAGAGAUUUUGCGUUCUUCAGGUUACCGCCACCGGUGCCUGUAUCUGGGGGAGGGACGGCAGAUAGGCGAUGUGUUGUUGGGCUAAGCAGCACAACACCACAUGCCAUGGUCAUAUCGUCCGACGGGUACUUUUACGUGUAUAGCAUUGAUUUGGAGAAGGGCGGGGAGUGCGUGCUGGUCAAGCAGUAUUCAUUACUCGAGUCGAGUUCGGACGGUGGGAUGUAG